ACACUUGCUUGUUCCCACAUGCUUGUCUACGGCGGCGUUAGGCUUUAAACUUAGAUUACAGAGUGCAAGUCUGAGUCUGUGUUUCUUUCUCUCUGUCCUCAGGGUGCUGUGAAAAGCAGCGGCUGUCUCUCAUGUCUGUGUGACUCUGACUAUGCUGCUCUUGGUGGUGUUGUGCAUAGUUUUUUCAUUCACUUUGGUCGCCACUGAGAGGGCUGAGAACAUCAACCACAGACCACCAGCACCGCUACUCAACUACAGCAGGAUCGCCCUGCCGCCAGAGCAUGUUCCCUUCUUCCUCUACAACAACAAGAAGGUCGCCAAGCAAUGCCGCCUGGACCCCCUCUGUCCUUUUAAACAGGAUGCACUGCAGGAUCCGUCUGCCUGUUGGGGUUACGAGAAGAAGUGUGAUCCAGAUAGACUCUUCAGCUACCCAGUCUGUACCAGGGCGGACACAGGAUGGGCUCGUUCACUGGAGGCAGCCCAGGAGCUCUUUUGGAAGCAGGCUGAUUUUGGCUACGUGAAGGAACGUCUCUCUGAGCUCAAAACACUGUGCAAGGCCAGCAAGCCGGGGAGCUCAUCUUUAAGGUGCAGUAGCCACACUCGCUUCUGUAAGGCAACAAACCUUUACCUGGACUUGCGUAAGCCACGCAGAGGUCACGAGAGAUACAAGGAGGACUUCGUUCAGAAGGGGGAGAUUGGUGGCUUCUGCAGACUGAACAAGCAAGCACUUGCUGCAGAGGGAGAGCACAAGAGCCCCCUACAAUCUUGGUAUGCUGAGCUGCAGACAUACACGGAGCUGGACUUUAACCCCAUAGAGGGUGGACACUGUGACAUCAUCAUUGAAAAACCUACUGUUUUCAUGAAACUGGAUGCUGGGGUGAACAUGUACCACCAUUUCUGCGACUUUGUCAACCUCUACAUCUCGCAGCACAUUAACAACUCGUUCAGCUCAGAUAUCCACAUCAUCAUGUGGGACACGAGUUUUUAUAGUUAUGGAGAUCUGUUCAGUGAAACAUGGAGGGCCUUUUCAGAGUAUGACAUCAUCCACCUGAAGACCUACGACUCAAAAAGAGUGUGCUUCAAAGAUGCUUUCUUCUCCCUCCUCCCCAGAAUGCGAUACGGUCUCUUUUACAACACCCCUCUCAUCUCAGACUGCUACAGUGAAGGGAUAUUUAGGGCUUUCUCUCAACACGUCCUCCAUCGACUGCACAUCCCUCAAGAUGGACCUAAGGAGGGGCGUGUUCGUGUCACCCUGCUGGCUCGCAGCACAGAAUACAGAAGGAUAUUAAACCAAGUGGAGCUUGUAAACGCCCUCAAGACUGUGCCUUUACUGGAGGUCAAUGUGGUGGACUACAAAUACAAGGAUGUUCCCUUCCUCAUGCAGCUGAGGAUCACCCACAACUCUGACAUUUUUAUUGGGAUGCACGGGGCGGGUCUCACACACCUCCUCUUCCUCCCUGACUGGGCUGUCAUCUUUGAGCUAUAUAAUUGUCAGGAUGAGAGCUGCUAUCGAGAUUUGGCUCGGCUGCGGGGCAUUCGAUACGUGACUUGGCAGAAAAUGGACAAAGUGCUCCCACAGGACAAGGGUCACCAUCCAACCCUCGGAGACCACCCGAAGUUUACCAACUACUACUUUAACGUGGGCGAGUUCAUGCGCCUUGUACUGGAAGCAGCUGAUUACGUCACACAGCACCCUAAAUGGCAGCGUCGUACUUUUCAUGAUGAACUCUAGAGUAUCUGUGAGUGUGAGUUACAAAACAUCUGGCUGCUGAAGUCACCUCGCCUGACUCUGGAUGAGUAGUUCAUAGAGAAUUUUUCCUGUCCUGCCCACUGCUUUGAUAGAUCCAGAUGAGUGAAAGCAGCGUGCUGGUCAACUCAGGGCUGACGAACAUGACACCAGCUCUAUUGACGUCGAAUCAGUCACAAGGCGAGGCAGGUGCAAGCAAAGCAGCUGGAGAGGGAUAAGAUACGUCCUAUGUUUCUUCAUUACCUCCGCUGCGUCUUUUUCAUUCCACACCGGCAAAGUUAGUUAAUGAGCAGCUGUUACGGUGUCCCUUCACAUGCAAAGUCUUGUCACAUUUGAUCAGAGUCACCUUGAUGCACUCCUCUUCAGAGCUGUUGACAAUCAUGCCCGAGCUUCAGAGCACACUCAGAGUUCACCGAGCUAAUAUGAGGUGCAGUAUUCACCUACAUUUGUGUUUUGAAGCUAUGGUUACAACAAACACUGAUGUCUCUAAAAGAUAAGGAACAGAAGUUAAGCGACACACUCUUGCUGCCAAGAGGGAUUUUCUUUCUAUCAGUAUUAGUAAAUGAUUGUGAGCACAUACUGUAAUACUAUGUUAAGUACUCUGGAACUCAUAUUCAAGUAUUUGUCUAUUAAGUUAAACUCUCUGUUGUUUUAUGUAAAAAAAAAAAGAA